AUGCCGGUGCACGCGAAGGUGCGACCGCUGUUGGGCACCUACACCGAGGACGAUAUAGUUGACUACUAUUGCGAAUACACUGAUAUGAAACUUAUUGGAAAUGUUCGACGAAAGUUACGAGAGAUACCUCGGCGCACAUUAGACCGCAUCGAAAUGGUUAACCUCGGCAACCACAGUGUCAGUAAUAUAUAUUAUUCGCACCAAUUGUAUUAUACGUCAAACUACCUGAGCGAAUACCAAAAGCAACAACAAAUGACAUUUUUCGGUCAGCCCUCCACACCCGGGGAAUGCAUUCACUCCAAAGUUAAAGCCAACGUAACGUCCCUCGAGUGGCGGCUCGUAUUCAAGUGGGCCAUCGGACAGGUAUAUCACGUGGAAAUAGUAGUAAACACGGCGAACAUGAACCAGGCACUAGAUUUUCGCAAAAAUGGCUCAAUCGUACGCCAGGUAUAUGUCAGUGACUAUAGGGUGUGUAAGCCCGAGGGGACCCCCGAGCCGGUGGAAGUCAACGAAAAACUCUUCAAAUACACGUUUGUUUGCGAACUCCGAGACCAGAGUAAUGUCCAGAAGUUGGAGGACUUCGCGGCCAUUCGGUCCGAAGAGUUGAUGAAUGUUACCAUCGAUUUCGGGGUCACAGAUGUGACGGUGUGUGAGCUGCACGUGUCGGAGACACUGCCCAUACGCUACUAUAGCCGCGGCUCCUGUGGCUCACCGGACAUACCGUUGUACUCGACGUACGGACCGGUAUUUGACGAAACCAGCAAUGGAUUCAUACCUAUCGGCUAUAGAUUUACUUGCGAUAACGGUUUCCAAUUGGAUGGCAACCAAGUGGUGACUUGCGGUGUAAACAACCAAUGGUUGGACAAAUUCCCCACUUGUUUGCCCAUCGAGUCGUGUCCAUUGAUGGAUAAACACAAACUCGAGGAACUGUCGCUUAAAGUGGACUACAAGAGUCUGUACAGCGCCGACGGCAACAUUACAGCCAUUAACGGCACUCAAGCCAUCUAUUCGUGCGACUAUCACACCAAAGAUGACGAUACUAUCAAUAAGACAAUGAUUGGCGAUUCGUUGCAUUUCUGUCAAAUCAAUGGCAACUGGACGGGGGAGGAACCGAGCUGUUUGGAUAAAAACGAUAGCAACUGGACGGGGGAGGAACCGAGCUGUUUGGAUAAAAACGAUUUUACCUUGUAUUUGGCUGAAAUUAACGAGAUUAUACUGACAUCUGAGUCAAAACUUCCAGAAUAUGCCCAUCACAUGCACCAACCUAACCAGUGUGGUAUACCAGCCAUUCCCAAAUACUCCAAAAUCUACACAUACGACCCGAACCUCAUAAGCGUGUAUUUCGCGGCACUCAAAGGCAAACUUGAUUUGAUGCCCUCCUAUCCAAACGGGUCGGUCAUGACCUAUGGCUGUGAAUCUCGGUUCGAUUACAUGGCCAGCGAUUUCGGGGCCCGAACCUGCGUUAACGGCUCGUGGGUGGGACAGGUAGGCAAGUGCUAUACACCGGUCGGCGGUACGGAAGUGGCCAAAGUUAUAUCCAUUCAGGAAAACACCGGAACGGCUAACGUGUCCUACCAUACCAUCAAACAAGAUAUAAGCGAUAAAUACUGGAGUUAUAUUGAAACCGAGGAAAGCAAUUGCAUAAAACUGGAGAUCAAGUCGGGCACGAUCUACACCUGGACCAUUUACCUGUCGAUGCCGGUACGCAUGUCCUACUUUGCCGUCCGAUUCGGCAAUAAUAAGAUAUUCCAUGACUUGGAGGAAGACAUGCUUCGUGUGCACCGGGCUUCACAACUGGACACUCCCUCCCCAAUCACUGCUGAACUGUUCGGAUACAACUACUGGAGUAAUAAACUGGAGUGUGAAGUGACUAAAGUGAUUGAGACCAGUAUGACCACCGGACUCACACAGGUAUCGUUCCGGUGCGAUGAGCCCGACUCUGAAAUCAGCUCAUCUAAAAGUAAAAAGACGGCCAACCCAUACCUCUACUACGGCUAUCAGAUGACUACGAGCGCCAUCAACAUUAAGAUCAAUUCAGACGCCUUUCACGAGAGUUUCGACUCAACCAAUACAACACAUGUUAACUUGUGUGGACUCAUGCUAUUCAAGGCGGCCGACGACUGCGGUCUACCCGAGGAGGUGCCCAACGCUGAGAUCAUAUCCAGUCAUAGCGAGGGCUAUGUUAGGUAUAAGUGCAACGAAGGCUACCAACUGGUGGGCAAUGAGAUCGUCCGGUGCAGCAAAUUAGGCAAUUGGAUGGAAGUGGCCGUUUUGGGCACAAUCAUCGAGUUUACUUGUCAGGAUGACGCCUAUUUCGGAAAGUAUGGCAUAUCUACAGAAUCUGGGGGUUCCAGUAGUAUAGCCGUACCGAUGGCUAUAUUCACGGUAAUCGUACUAAUCAUCAUUGGUGUGGCGGUGCUACUAGUCUACCGGCGCUAUGGUUUCUCCAACCCGUUCCUCACAUGUAUGACCCGCCGCGAGCCGACCCGUCGUUCCUCCACUUUCAUAAGCUAUGGCCAGUCAAACCUUAGGGACUCAGUCGUCAGUUUCACGGAUGGGGGCAGCCUUUCAUCAGCCAAUUCCUACACGAAUAGCAAUAAUGUAAUGUAUGUCUCGCUUUUUGGGAAUAAGGCUGUAGUCAUAGCAAACGCGCCAACUGAGGGACUGGGAUCUCAGGGCUAA